AUGUACCGCAGGCGACUGUCCCAACCAUUCCCCACCUACCCUAACCUCAAAACUUUGCUUUUAGAAAACAAGAGUAUAAGCGACCGUUGCUAUAAAUUAGCUUUCAUGAUUCGCCAGAUCUCGCCCCUGAAGAACAUCUACGAAGUGAGAGAGCAAGUGCAAGUGCUUUUCAGGAACAACAAAGUCGUGGAAAUUCUCAGAGAGCGCUUUUCGUCGGCUGUCCCAAGAUCUCUGAAAGACCACUCGACAAGUGUGCUGCGAGUAUGGGCUCAUCAGUGCGAGUGUGUGCUUGCACAGCGGCUGCGAAGGGGCCAACAGAUAUAUUGCUUGUAUUCGAGACUAUGGGAAGAGAGGGCGUUGCGAGAAUUCCUCAAACAGAUGAGGCACAGAGUAGGAAUCAGAGGACGCGAUUUUCUCCUGGGGGCCCUCGGCGUGGCCGCUUACGACUGGCGGGCUAACCGGAUCCCUGAAAGUGAUAUUAGAAAACAUUCAAACGAAUUAGAUUAUAUUUAUAAACUUAAAGACAAGACUUUAUGCAAGAAAUGUUCAAAGAACUCUAAAAUAUGUCCAUGUAAAAAAGGUGACAAGGAAGAGGUGGAAAAACCGAUUGUAAAAGCAUAUGAUGACUGGAAUCUGUUUAUUGAAAAGAGUGAUUUGGUUGUGUGGAGAAGACCACACAGUUCUGGAAAUUUCGAAUACAAGGUUUAUGGAUCCUACACAGAUGUCACAGCUGAGGAUUUCUUGAAUGUUCAAAUUGACGUAGAUUAUAGGAGGCAGUGGGACAACACUGCUGUAAUGUUAAAUGUUGUAGAAACAGACCCCGAUCCCGCGUCAAACAGUGACAUUGUUUACUGGGAAAUGUUGUGGCCAACUUUAUUUGCAAACCGAGACUACGUCUUCAACCGACGUUACCUCGUAGACCGAAAAAGCAAAACUCUAUUCAUAAUGAGCAAAUCCACAAAGCACGCCAGCUGCCCAAAAGACAGCACAAAAUACAGAAUAGAGGACUACUGGUCCAUCAUGGUAAUUAAACCAUACACUGAACUCAACAAACCCGGAAUCGAAUUCAGUCUCACGUACUUCGACAAUCCCGGAGUGAACGUACCGGCGUCCAUCACGACAUGGGUGGCCAUGAAAGCCAUGCCCGACUUCCUGGAGCGACUCAGAGACGCCUCCCGGAAGUACAAAAAAUACUGCAAAGACUCCGGCGUGUGCCAAAUCUGCAACAUUUUCGACGCGCACGAACUCGGCAGGUACCAAUUCGACUGGGACUAUUUCGAAGACAACAUCACUGACAACACUGUAUAUGAAGCACAUUACAAAUUUAAAACACGUGAAGCCAGAGAUGACGAAGAACCCGUAAAGACACCUAGUCAGUUUGGCGAUGAAACACAGACACAGACAGAGAGUUCCGUCGCCACGCAGAAUAGUACGAACCCGCCUGCCGAGAAUCACAGUUUUUGGAGAUUUAUUAAAAGAUUAUUCAAAUGAGAGUUAUUUUUAACAAUUAACCUGCCUAUGAUCUCCUUACCGUGUACCUGUGAGUUGACAAUGCGAUCUCCGACGUUACUUAAUGUGAAACAGAAUUAAAUAUCUUCGCCAAAAAUGGAGAACACAAAGAAGCACAAGGUAGCUCAGGAUCAACUAAAUGAAGAAUCAGCUGCUCUAUACAUUAUUUUGGGACUUGUAGCAGUAAGAAUACAAUAUUCAAGUGGAAGCACCUAUUUUUAACUAGACAGUCGAGUUUAGUUAAAAUAAAGCAUUACUGACUAUGAGGUAGUUAAUUUAUCUUUUUUAAACACUCUUGAAAAAUUCACAAAACACAACUGAUUCAUACAGUUUUAUUUAUCCUACACGAGCAAGUGCUUCACUUUGUCAACUUCGCGCCUAAUUAAAAACAAAUAGAAAACACAUCCUAUGAUUCCUUCUUCACUUCACUUGGUUCUAUUUCUAAAACAUCUUCUUGUUUUACUUCCUUCUCCCAUCUUGUUUUUGAUUCAUCAUGUUUCUUGUCUUUGUCAAUUUCCUUCUUGACAAGCGGCUCUUCUUUACUCGUCGAGGUACUUCUCAACACUGGAUCGAUUUUUUCUCUAAUUUCUGCCAGGGUUGUUUGAUACAAUUUGGAAAAAGCCUACAAAUAAAUCAGUAAUUGUUUCUAAAAAAUGUUACAAUACUUACAGUAAUUCUAUUGAGGGAAUCUUCAGUCGUUCUUAACUUCUCUUUAUAAUCUUUAACAUCCGUAUUUAAAUGUUUUAUUGUAACGUUUGACUUAUUGUAUUUCUCUGUUAAUUUAUUGUUUUCGCUCUUCAAACUGACCAUUCGACUUUCUGUUUCUAAACGAGCUUUUUCGCUACGUUCCAACUGUGACAUUAAUUUACCAACAUCGACCAAAGCACCUCUGUACAUCACCAACCCUAAACAAUCGAAGUUAGAAUGCCAUAAUUUAUUGAUAUUAUUUACUCACCAUCUUCCGAACUUGGCGUUUCAUCGUUUCCUGAUCCACACAUCCUCAUCCUCUUAGCCGGACGUUCGUCAUCAAUAAACGUGGGAAGAAGUUUCCUAUUUCCUAUAGCUAAAUCGUGCAAGUUUGUCUCCUUCUCCGCAUCAUCAAUAACUAUGAACUCGUUGCUAUCUUUAGGUUUAUCGGUCAACUUCCGAUAAUGCAAAGAAUCUCGUGUUACUACUUUACCAACGAGUUUUCGAACUUGUGCUCUGGACAAAUUCAAACCCAAAGUGUACAACAAAUCCUCUAUGUCUUUAUCAAAAAUGUAUCCGCAGUGCGUUUGGUCGAAAUAAAUAAACGACAACAAUAAAUGCUUAUCUUUGGUGUACAUUUUAACCCGUUCCUUUUUCUUCUUUUCUUUAUCCUUCUUCUUGUCCUUUGAGUCGUCGUCGUCGUAUUCCUCAUCUUCUUCACUCUCAUCCGAUUUCUUAUCAUCCCUCUUCUGCUCUUUCUUCUUAUCCAACUCCUCCUUUUUCUCUCUUUUUUCCUCCUUAGUGCCAUCCUCAGAUCGCUUAUCUCGGUCUUUACCAUCCGCUUCCUUCUCCUCCUUUUUCUCCUCUUCCUUUUUCUUGUCGUCUUCCUUUUUACUUUUAGCAUCGUCGCUUUUCUUGUCGCUUGAAUCACCACCACCUUUUUU